AUGCCGAAGGUGGUUGCACGGCUGAUGCGAAUCCAGGAAAACCGCACGGGCACUUCUCCUAUUGCAUUGUACUGCCAGACGUUGCACCGCUGGGGAUUUGCUGGCUACGACGUACCCUUCCUGGAAGGUUGUGUGGCAGCUGACUUAGUGCCAGAAGCUCUAUGGUUGGAAGGCGCUGGGUUCUGUACUGGCCAUGUUGAGCGCGACCGCGUGGCUGUGGAAGUGGACAAAACCGUUCCGACGCUUGCGCAACGCCCCGCAGUCUUUCGCUUGGUGCAGAGGAAGAGCGAUUACGUCGUGGAGCCUGUUGCUGAUGCCUGGCUUCGAUAUGCCGUGCGAUGGCGCGAAGAGAGAGAUAAAGAGGCUACGGGAAAUAUGGAUACUGCGGAGCGAGAGGAAGUGGAGGCCUCUGAGCGUUUUGCCGCCGUGCUGGAAGGACAGUUGCUGUGA